AGCAGCAGCCGCCGCAGGGAGCUGCUCCGGGCCACAGCGGCGAGCUGCCGGCCCUGUGCUGCGAGGGGCGCCGUGCCCCGCUCCGGGCGGUGAGGCUGCUCCGCCCGCCGCUCCCUGUGCUGCUCCUUCCCCCGUCCCCUCCGCUGUGGCGCGGGCCGGCCGGGCUCCCGCACCCCUGGGUUUGCGGCGCGGACUCCGCCGGGAUCCACGCACAGCACCGAGGAGGCUCCAUAUCCGCCAGAGGAGCGGGGAAAGGCGGUGUUUGGCGCUGGCGGCCGGCCCUGCCCCUGCCCCGGGCCUGGCGGGCCGGGCAGCGCCUCCGCGGCCCCAUCGCUGCUGCCGAGGCCGAGCUGCGGGGGAUUGAUUGGGUCUGUGCGCUGCGGAAACAUCGCAGCGCCUGAAUUCGCCUCUCUCUAUUCCGAGCCAUAUCCUUCUGCACUUCAUCUCUUUAACUGGGUUUUGGGCAGGUACCGAUCUCAAAGUGCUCACCGAAUUCUUUCUGCGAAGUUUUCUCACAGAACAUCGACUGAGUGGUAACAGUUUCUGAACUGAUGUUAACAGUUUUCUGCUGAGCUUCAGUCCCAGGCUGCUGCCUUUGUUUUGUGCUAAGAAGCCAAUGCAGCCGCUCACCCUUGGCAUUCGUCUCCAUGCAGCAGCAGUGGAGCUGAGGCACUAAUACCUUGAGACCUUCAGUUUUAUGCUUUCUUGACUUGCCAAACAGUAGCCUAAUUCUUCAGGACUUGCAGCAGUGUGAAAUGUAAUCAGUGGUAGUGCGUUUUGGUACUGGAAUGAUGACUACUGCAGAAGUUGUUAAGAAGAAGGAAAAUUAUACUAGUGUGCAUGAAGCAGUGAAAGCUGGGGAUGUAGAGCAGCUUGCAUCGAUGAUGAAAAGUGGAGCCAGUAUUAAUGAGGUGGAUGUAGUUCACAAGUUCACACCCUUGCAGUGUGCUGCCCACUCAGGAAGUCUGGAGUGCCUUCAGUGGCUGCUGUGGCAGGGAGCUGACACCACGCGUGUGACUGAGAGAGGCUGGACAGCGGCUCACCUCGCGGCCAUCCGAGGGCAGCAUGCCUGCAUGCAGGCCCUGUUGCUGAGCGGAGCGGACGCGGCGGCUCGGGACGAGCGCGGGUGCACGGCCGCGCACCUGGCUGCAGCCCACGGGCACCCACGCACCCUGCAGACCCUGCUGCGCUCGGGGGCGGAUGUAAAUGUUUCAGACAGGAAUGACUGGAAGCCUGUUCAUUAUGCUGCUUUUCACGGUCGCUUGGGGUGUUUGCAGCUUCUUGUUCGAUGGGGAGCGUGUGUAGAUGAUGUGGAUAACAAUGGAAACCUUCCAGCACAUCUGGCAGCAGUGGAAGGCCACUUGCAUUGCUUUAAGUUCUUGGUUGGGAAAAUGGCCAGUCUUACGCGCACUCUGAAAGCCAGGAAUGACCAUGGAGAGACUCCAAGGGACUUGGCUGAACGGUUCUAUAAAGAUAGAAUUCUGCAAUAUAUUGAUGGUCUGGAAAAAGAGAAGGAACAUCCAGAGACACAGGAAGCUGCUGAACGGGGCCAUAUCCAUUGCUUACAGUGGUUGCUUGAAAUGGGAGCUGACUGUGACAUUACAAAUUAUGCUGGAGAGACUCCAGAGGAUGUAGCCAAGAGAUUUGGCCAUCUGGCAGCUGUGGAAGUUUUGACACCAAGAACUGCAAAUGAUAACUCAAGUGAUGAAGAACUAGAUGCAAACAACAUGAAGUUUUUUGAAACACAUGGUGUGGAAGGAAGUACAGAUAGCAAAGAAGAUUUAACCCUGGAUAAAGCAGAGAAAAGGAAUGCAUGCAUGAGGGCCUAUCACAAGAUUAAAGAACUUCAGCGACUUCUAGAAAUUGCCUACAGCAACUACAGACAGCUGGGGGGAGUAACUGAAGAGGAGUGGAAGAUGAAAAAAGAAAGGAAAGUUGAGAAGGCUGUGCGGGAGCUGGAGGCCCAGCUGGAAUAUGAGCGAGUCAGGCGGGAGAAGCUGGAGAGCCAGCUGGAUGAUUACCGUGCUGAGAUAAACCAGCUCCGACAGGGCCGGGGGAAAACCCGCACGGCCUCUGCUGCCUCCGCGGAAGCUGAGACAAUGGCCGAGUCUUGCGAAGACAAAACCAAAAUAAAGCAGCAGCCAGCCUGCAGCCCAGGAGGAGUGAGACUAUGCUGAGGAACAAACCUCAAAGGAGGGGCAGCAGACUGUGGAGGUAUAGAAACAAUAUUACAGAUAAUGCAAAGUGUUUGCACAGUCCAGCUCUGCAGGUGAGCUGUGGGUCUCUACCUUUCACUGACCUGUUUUUAGUUCUCUGGCCCAAUAACAGGAAAGUCACAGGCCCUCACAGUUCUGAGGAAAGUAUCUCCAUCCACUGGUCUAUUUUGUACUUCUAUCUUAGGAUGGAAAAAGUGCACAUUACCUCCUAGCAUAUUCUGUGUGGAAGCUGAAUAGUGGAUGGGAGAAUUAUUUCUCAGCUGCAGAGAGGUGCCAAGCCCCUUGAUUUUGAUCUUUAGUCACUCCUAAAGAAGGCAGGAAGUGACUCCUUUGUGAGGUGCCAGCUAACCUGCAGCAGUCGGUCUGAGUGUAACUCAGGGCUGAAGGGUUUACUAAGUUAUGGGGCAGCUUGUGGUUAGAAAUGGCAACCCUGAACUCUUCUCUACACCUAAAAAUCAUUUAAUAACAACACAUAUAAAAGUU